AUGAGGUAUCUGACGUACUGGGGGUAACCGUCAAUAAGUAAAAAUUUAUCGGAAUAUCUUUUGCAAAACAUUUUUUGUAAAAUAUCAAGAUGAAAUCGUCUAGAUUGAAAUUUAAUGAGCCCACCUACUAUUCAAACGGCGUUCUUCUGGGUAAUUGGGUAGAAGAAAAAGUGAGUAGGUAUAAGAAAAGCCAAUACAACCAUAUGACGAUAUAUGGACAAGAUUAUGAACCAAAACGGAGCAAUACAAAGGAAACUAGUGACAUGCGCAACGACUCGCGUAUUAAAUCGGAGUUUGGAGAUAAUAUUUCGCCACCAAGAAUCACGGAUGAAAAUCCAAAUUAUUUUGACAAUUUUUCCACAACCUACGAUCUUUCAUAUCAAUACUUUCCAGGAUGGUUGCAUGGAACUUUAAACAGAAAAAUGAGAUUCAAAUUACUCAAAUUUGAGCCAACCGAAGAAUAUUUAAAUGGUUUUGGAAAUAUUUCGUCCAGAAACUAUUUGCGACAAGACAAAAGAGAGGAAUGGGAAUGCGAUAUAUUGGAUCCUAGAAGACCAGUACAUUCAAUAGCAAAAUUAGACUUUAUAGAAUAUGCGCCUGAAGAAUAUAAACAGUCUAGAUGGCCGAGAUUAAGCCCAGCUAAAGUUAAGUGUGGCACAGUUACCGAAUCAUUGUACAAACCACUUCCACUCAACCAUCCUCGAACUUUAGCAGCUAAAGUAAAUCCCAUUACUUGGAUAGGAGUUGAUGAUGAUCAUUACACAAGCGGUAAAUGUGUUUGCGCGAAGUGAUAUGUAAAGAGUAACCAUGUAGUAUUUUUUUAAAUAAAUUUGAAUUGAAGCGAA